AUGGGACUUUUGUAUUCUCCGUCUCCACCUAAAGUUUGGGUGUCGCCGGUGUCGCAGCUUUUCCGAAAUCAUGGAAAACUCAACAAUUGGAACGUGGUUGAUAGAUACAUCCACUAUGAUGUGAUUAUACCACGAGCUUGGUUGAAUUUGUGUGGUCCAAAUGGGAUCUACGAUCUAGUUGACUAUAUCAGGAUGGAAUUACAAAAUUUGGUUGCUGAACGAGUAUUAUCAACCUCCCGAUCAUCUACAUUCAAAAUGCGUGCGACUAUAAUACAAAUACGGCAUGAUCUUCAAGCUUGGUGGUUCAGGUUGUUCGGUAUAAAUAAUAUUACUGACCGAAGAUAUUACUCAUUGGGGUUUUAUGCCACCCACAUUUUUCUGAAUUUAAAUAAUGUUGAGAUUGAAAGUAGUGGGGGUAAUUCAAGAUCAUCAGCAUCAGUAUCCCAACCAUCACCACCACCACCACCACCACCACCACCACUAGAACUGUCAACAGCUGAAUGUGAAAGAAGAACAACGAGAUUAUUUUUAUUGAACGAAAAUUCGAUGGGGUUACGCAGCAUAAUUCCCCAAUGA